AGAACAACAUGAGGGUGAGUUUCAAUUCUUCCUUUUUUUGUUUUUAAAAGCGUGAAAGCGAUCUGUUUUCUCUCUCUCUCUCCACCCACCUUAAUUCCUUCUCUUAUCUGUUUGUUCCACUCUCUGAUCGCUCUGCUGGAUGUGUGUUCAAGUGAGAGGACAUUCCGCGUCUUUCAGUGACGUGUGACUAUUAAAAGAAAGAAAAACAACAAACAAAGCUUCAGUGGUUAUUUAUUGAUAUGGUGUGUUGUCUAUUAUCUUUUAUUAUUUGGAGAUCUCUGCAUGUGAACUUCCUUUGGUUCUGUAGAGAAGAUGUGGACCAUCUGUAGCUCUUCAGUUCAUCUGGAGACGCUUCAGAAAUAACUCUCCUGUCGUAAGUAUACGAUAGAUAACCAGCGCUCUGUCGUUUCUUAUUCAACAUAAAGAGAAAAGGCAAGUAUCAUGUGAACGUAUACGCUAUACGCAGUACUGUAUCACAUCAAUGAUAUUUAACGUUCAUCUUCACACGUUUUUAAAAUAUAUGAUUGAAUGUAUACUUGAAUGAUGUGGCAAUAAAUGUAGAUAGUUUAAAUCUAUGGGUCUCAUUACAAUCUCAAUUACUCAUUAAAACAAAUGUAAAGGACAACAAUGUCUUGUGUAACUUUUUGUAAAAGAGCUCAAAAUGCAUAAUAACUUGCACUGGCGUGGACUUGCCCGUCAGGAACAGAAAUGCAAGUGAAUAAACAAAGAGCUUGUGUUUUGGUUGUUUUGUAAAACUGCUAAUAAAAGAAGCAAUGCCGUUCUCACCUUCCAAGAUAUUUUUAACUCUUUCCUUCUGCAGGACCCCCCAAAAUCCCACUGGUGUUUACUGAGCCGCUGAGCAACAACUGCAGCCCUCACCAGACAUUCAGAGCAGGAGAGUGCGGUGAAGUGUGUUUACACUUGAAUCAGAUGAUCUGUGUGUGAAAACUGAUGGAAGCGACACAGUUUUAAAGAAAUGAAGACUCGAAAUCAAAUCAACGCAAAGUGACAGAGUUCAUGACAGCUGAUAACAACAUGGCCAUCACGAGCUCGUCAUCCACCGGGCUGCUGAUGCUGAUGUUGCUCGUGACUUUACCGUACUCUAGAGGCGCGUGUCCGCGCCCGUGCGCCUGUUACGCUCCCGCUGAAGUUCACUGCACGUUCCGCUCGCUCGUCGCCGUGCCCGCGGGCAUCUCCACCGGAGUUCAGCGCAUUAAUCUGGGGUUUAACACUAUAAAUCACAUCACCAACGUGUCAUUUCAUGGCCUCAGACAUCUGGAGCUCCUCAUGAUGCAUGGAAAUAAUGUGCAGAACAUUCCAGAUGGUGCAUUUCAGGAUCUUGCGUCUUUACAGAUUUUAAAAAUGAGUUACAACAAGUUGAGAAUCAUCACUGGCCACACCUUCUCCAGUUUGACGUCACUCGUCCGACUCCAUCUGGACCACAACCGCGUAGAGUUCAUCCACCCAGACGCUUUCCACGGGAUGACAUCACUUCGCCUGCUUCAUCUGGAGGGCAAUCAUCUGCAGAAGCUUCAUCCUGCCACCUUCAGCACAUUCUCUGUGUUCCAGCACUUUCCCGUCUCCACGCUGAAGCAUCUGUACGUGUCUGAGAAUCUCCUGAAGACGCUGCCCAGAGAGAUGCUGGAGAACAUGCCUCAGCUGGAGAACAUCUUCAUGUCCGGGAACCCGUGGAGCUGUGACUGCACCAUGAGCUGGCUGCAGAACUGGAGAACGUCCGUGGUGAAAUGUAAAAAGGACAGGUCGUUUGCUGACAGUCGGCUGUGUCCCCGCUGCUCGUCUCCUAAACACCUGAAGGGAAAACAGAUGUCAGAUGUUAAAGAAUUCAUCUGCUCAGGACCGACCAUCACCUCUUCGGAAAAUCACAUCACGCAUGAGGAGAACAACAGUGAGCUUCUGCCCAUCGACAGGAUCAAAGCGCCUUUUGGAAACCUCUCUCUGGUUUUAUCGGAUGAACACGGGAACAAAGCGCAUCUGUUCUGUCACAUACUUGAACCCAGAGACUCCACUAAAAUCAGCUGGAACUACACCAGAUCCUGGCAGAUCGCUGCAAACCUGACUCUGUUUUUCGACGUGGAAUGUUCUGUGAACAGAGAAAACUAUGAAAGCUUAUGGAGGCUGCUGGCUUACUACAGUGAAGUCGCUGUACAUCUGAGAAGAGAGAUCAUGUUGACCAAACACCCCGAGGUGAGCUACAGAUACAGACAAGACAUCGAGAAAGACGCCUUCUAUUACACCGGUGUGAGGGCCGAGGUCUUAACUCGACCGGCGUGGCUCAUGCAGUCCUUUAUAAACGUGAAAUUGAACAGACAUUAUUCUUCAUCCAAGAGCGUGCGACUCAUUCUUAACACUUAUGUGUCCACCGUCGCAGAUCAGGAGAUGAUCAGACAGCAGAAGAGAUCCUGGGUCAUGAUCCAACAAAACAACAAAACACAAACAAUCUUCAGUUCUCUUGUAGGUGGGAUGAUUGAAAUGAAGUGUGUUGUGCACAGCUCUGAGGACGCUGCUGUGAUUCUCUGGAUGUUACCCGACGGUUCGAGGAUCAGAGCAGCGUCUAGCACACAUCAUAACAGAGUGACUGUCUCUAACACCGGAACGCUUCACAUUAAAUCUGUCGAACACGCCAACGCUGGAGUGUAUUACUGCAUCGCUGAAGUCACGGGAGAUAUGGAUAUUCUGCCUUUCCGCUUGGCGGUGGUGGACUCGUCCACACCUCUUCAGGGAGAAGACAUCGGAAGUGCUUUAACCAGAUUUGUCGGUGAGUCAUCCACUUUGUCGUGUCUUUCUGUAGCCGCACCGGACGCUGUGGUGGACUGGAUCUUUCCAGAUGGCAGUAUAUUGAAUUCAGAGUCAAACUCAUCCAGAGCUUCAAUCUACUCUAACGGGACUUUACUCAUUCCGUAUAGUCAGCUUAACAACAAUGGAUAUCACAAAUGUGUCAUCAUGAACCAACACGGUGCGGAUGUGAUGGCUACUAAACUCACGGUUUUGAGAAGGAAAGGAGCUCAGCCGCUUCGAGCGUAUCCCAGCAGGCCUCAGUCUGCCGCCGGUGUGUCCACUAAAGUAAAAGCGUUUGUGGAGGAUGUGGAAGAGGCGUCUGGAGAUGAUGUCAACACUCAUGAGCGAAUAAUACCCAACAGAAUCUUCAUUAAUCGCAGGAAGGGUCAGGGUUCAUUUGGCCACGGCAGACGCAGACGACCCUUCACGAAAAACAUGCGUGGAGAGAUAAAUAAAACCGCUCAUGCCAAAAACAAUAUGGAUCCACAGAAGUGGGCUGACAUUUUGGCCAAAAUCCGUGAGAAAAACACCCGAAAAAAUCCAUCAGUUUACAAAACACCGGUGAAAAGUGUACAGAGAGGGAAUGAAGAACAUCCAGCACAGACUGAUAAUACAGAAGGUUCAUCUCCAGAUGAUUCUGCUCAACAUGCUCAUAACACACAAACAGCUACUGAGGAAGAAAAUAAAAACAUCACUCACACAUCAGAGGUCAACACCAUCACAGAUCCUCAAUCUGUUUCUAAUGAUGUCAUCACAAAGGAGAGACAUGUGGGCACCAUAAGGGAUGAAAAGACAGAAAAUAAACAAAUAUACUCAGGGCCUGUCAUCCAACCUCAAUCUGAACCGGACAAUAAACUUUCCUUGUCUAAGACUAUCAUCAGAACUUCACUGUCUAACCCUUCGAACAGCAGCAUUGUUGAGAAAGCAAGAAAUCAACUGAGCUCAAGACGACGAUAUGGAAGCAGGCGGAGAAUGCCGUUUAGAAGACCGUUCUCGAAACUCCUGACAAACGAACCACAGUCAACAACUGCAGGAGUUCACAAGAGUUCAACCGUCACAAUGAACACAGAUCAGAUCACACAAGACAGAGACACAUCUGUCUAUCCAACCACUGGAGACACUGACCACAUCUAUCCCACAAUAAUCCCACCUGAAUCUGUCUAUCCAACCCUUAAAACUACUGCCCACAACAACCCCACAAUCCCACCUGAAGACACAUCUGUCUAUCUGUCCUCUAGAGACACUGACCACAUCUACUCAACAGGAGACACAUCUAUCCACUCUAACACUUACAUCUAUCCCACAAUCUCAACUGGAUCCGUGAAUCCAACCUCUGGAGAAACUGCCAACAGUUACGCUACAAUCCCACCUGAAGGCACAACUAUCCAUCCAACCCCUAGAUCCACUGCUCACGUCUAUCCCACAAUCUCCACAGGAUCUGUGAAUCCAACCCCUGGAGCUACUGUGCACAAUAACCCCACCAUCCCUCCCCAAAACACAUCUAUCCAUCCAACCCUUAAAACUUCCCCCACAAUCCCAGCAGGGGACACAUUUGUCUAUCCAACUUCUGAAAAAACAGACCACGAUGACACCAUUAUCCCACCUGAAUCUGUCUAUGUGACCCCUAAAACUACUGCCCGCAACAACCCCACAAUCCCACUUGAAGACACAUCUGUCCGUCCAGCGUUUGGAGAAACUGUAAACGAAUAUCCCACAAACCCAAGUAGAGACAAAUCGACCUAUCCAUCCCCUAAAACAACUUCUCACAUCUAUCCCACAAUUCCGCCUGAAUCGGUCUAUCUGACCCCUAAAACUACAUCCCACAACAACCCCACAAUCCCACCUGAAGACACAUCUGUCCGUCCAGCCUUUGGAGAAACUGACCACAUAUACCCUACAGACCCAUCUGAAGACAAAUCUGUUCAUCCGACCCCUAAAACUACUGCCCACAUCUAUCCCCCAAUCCCACCUGAAUCUGUCUAUCCAUCCACUGGAGAAACUGACCACAAACAUCCCACAAUCCCAACAGGAGACGCAUUUGUCUACCCAACCUCUGGAAAAUCUGCCCACACUCACCCCAAAACUACUGCCUACAGUUAUCCCACAAUCCCAACUGUCCAUCAAACCACUGAAGCAACAGUCAACACACCAGAAAACAAACACAUGACUGUUUUACAGGAGAAAGAGGAUGAAGAUAUUGCAGGAGAGAAUGUGGAGUACAUAACAUCCAUAAAUGUAGAUCCAACAUCAACACCUGUUGCUGGACACCUGAUCUCACCGACAUCAGCUUUACAGACAGAUAACAGUGAGACGGAUACAGCAGAAGACAGCUUUUCACCUGAAUCACAUUCUGAUCUUCGACCAGAGAACGAUGCAUUGAAAAGAGGAAGUGUUGCUUCUAAAGAAGAAUCUGUUCAGUUCACUUCAGUUCCACCACCAGCUGACAGGUUUCAAGAAGAAUCCAUUCAAAAUCAAGUGCCUUUACCAUUAACAACAGAGACGCCAACAAAACCUGUCAUCUCUGCAGGGAGACCUCACAGUGAAAACAACGAGAUUAUCUUCUUCAGGUCCGUUUCUACUGCUGAGAAACCUUUGAUUGUUCCAGCAGCGACCAUCACCUCCAUCACCACCAAACCCAUUACAACAACAACCACCAGCACCAAAACACCUGCUGUCCACACAACACCCGACCAAACCCUACAUCAGAACAGAAUCCCGUUUUACACCAGAAACCCUGGAACAAAUCACAUAGACGCCAGGAAACAUGGAAGAGUUCCCAUCACAAAAAACAGAGAUCAUUACACUGAGAGUAGAAAUGCAUCUGGAGAUCCUUCAUCUGUACAUAUAAAAAACACCCAAACUACAUCAACCGCUGGAUCAGACCAUUCCACAACAUCCUCAAACAUCGCACAGUCUUAUCAGACAGCAGGAGUGAACAGGAAGUGGAGUGAAACAACCCCUGUUGUACAGAUGAGACCCAGAAUAACUCCAGGUAAACUUCAUACAGUCACUGUUAAUGCUGGAUCACGUGUACAGAUCUCCUGUGAUGCUGACGGAGAACCCAAACCUCACCUGAGCUGGACCAAAAUCUCCACAGGAGCUGUUAUGUCAGCAAACACCAGAAUCCAGCGGUUUGAGGUUCAGUCGAAUGGAACAUUGAUCAUUCAGAACGUUCAGCUUCAGGACCGUGGUCAGUAUGUCUGUCUGGCUGGUAAUGUCUAUGGUUCUGAUAAGAUGACUGUGACUCUGGUGGUGUCGGCUCAGGUGCCCAGAGUGACACUUCCACGUCAUCGAGAUCUGAGGGUCUGUCUGGGAAACAGCGCUCUUAUGGAAUGCCAGGCACAAGGUCUGCCCUCUCCCAACAUUAGUUGGGUUCUUCCGGACCGUUCUGUGGUUCGUACUGUUAGUGAAUCAGACGGGAUGGGAAAGAAGAUUGUGCUGUUUGCUAACGGGACUCUUGCCAUCAAACGCACCAGUUACCUGGACAGAGGGGUUUAUAAAUGCAUCGCGAGUAACGCCGCCGGGGCGGACAUGCUGACGGUGAGGCUUCAGAUUGCAGCGUUGCCUCCGAUGAUCCAUCAACAGCGCAGAGAAAACCAAACGGUCCCGGACGGACAGGACGUGUUCAGUCACUGCACUUCUGAGGGCUCUCCGAGUCCAUCCGUCCGCUGGGUGACGUUCAGCGGAACACAGAUUCGUCCGUCACAGUUCAUCAAUGGAAACCUGUUUGUUUUCCCCAACGGGACGCUGUAUAUUCGUAAAGCCACAGAAAAGGAUUCUGGGAAUUAUGAAUGUGUGGCUAUGAAUUCUGUUGGUGUGGCUUCGAGGAGUGUGAAUGUGCAGGUAAAGAGAAACUCAUCGCUGGUUAAAAUCAUCUCCAGCUCUUCACAGAAUACAGACGUUCAGUACGGAGGACAGUUGAGUUUACACUGUACUGCCACUCGACAACCCCAUCCCAGAAUCAUCUGGAGAACACCCUCCAAAAAACUACUCCACGCUCAUUACAGCUCUGAUGGAAGGAUGAAGGUGUUCAGUAAUGGUUCUCUCAUCAUCAGUCCAGUGACGGAGAAGGAUGCUGGCGACUAUCUCUGUUUGGCCAGAAAUAAAAUGGGUGAUGAUUAUUUGCUGGUGACGGUGAACGUGUUGAUGAAAGCUGCUAAAAUCCAACACAAGCUACUAAACAACCACAAAGUGUCAUACGGAGGUGAGCUGAAGGUGGACUGCAUCGCUUCAGGUCUUCCUGACCCGGAGAUCGCGUGGAGUCUUCCAGAUGGCACCAUGAUCAACAGCGUCCUGCCGUCAGAUCACAGCGCCGUUCGCAAUAAGAGAUACGUGGUGUUUGACAAUGGCACCCUCUACUUCAAUCAGGUGGGCAUGAGAGAGGAGGGAGACUACACCUGCUACGCUCAGAACCACAUGGGUAAAGAUGAGAUGAAGGUUCACAUCCAGGUGUUGGCGGACGCACCGGUGAUCCAAAACAACACUUAUCAUGUGUUGAGAGUUCAUCACGGAGAGACGGCCGUCGUCCACUGCAGCGCUAAAGGAAUACCAGCUCCCACCAUCACAUGGACGUCCCCGACUCAUCGCGUCAUAUCACCGGUGUCAAACAAACACCAGAUCACCAGUGAUGGCACGCUGCACAUUCACAAGAUCCAGAAACUUGACACGGGAAAUUAUACGUGUUUAGCGAGAAACAUCGUGGGAACAGACAGGAAAGUCGUUCAUGUUGAAGUUCUUGCGGACGUUCCUGUUAUUAACGGAUUCAAGGAGAGUUCAGGAAUCAUCAGGAGAACGGCUGUGACAGAUCGUCGUGUUCUUUUAGACUGUAGAACAGAAGGAAAGCCUGUUCCUCAGAUCACAUGGGUGCUGCCCAACAACAUCACCCUUCCUGUGCCGUACUACAGCUGGAGAAUCACCAUCCAUCACAAUGGCACUCUAGACAUCCGCUCGCUGAGGAUGACCGAUUCUGGUGUGUUCCUCUGCAUGGCCCGGAACGAAGGAGGAGAAGCUAAACUUCAGAUCCACCUCCAUGUGACUGAUAAUAUUGAAAAGCCACGGUUAAGAGAUCUGCCCAUGGAGCACAUGCCUCUGACCGAUGGAGCAUCAGUGACUCUCAGCUGUUCUGUCGACGGUCGGCCCGCACCAGACAUCACCUGGACUCUACCCAACGGCACAUCUCUCCUCAGAGGAACCGCUGCUUCCCGCUUUCAUCAUAAACUGGAUGGAUCUUUGUUCAUCAGAGAAGCUUCAGUUUCAGAUGCGGGCCGGUAUCGCUGUGUGGGGCGUAACAGUGCAGGACAUGUGCAACGGACAGUCACGUUAGAGUCCGGCAGAAGACCGGAUAUAUUUAACAAGUACAGUUCUCUGGUCAGCAUUAUUAAUGGUGAGAAUUUACAGCUGAACUGUCAAUCCAACGGGGAUCCAGAACCCAAACUCACGUGGACACGACCUGACGGAGUCAUUCUGACCCGACCGCAGCAAACGGGCCGUUACUCUGUUCUGAAGAACGGAACCCUGAGCGUCCAGAGAGCGUCUGUCUAUGACAGAGGAAUAUACGUCUGUCAGACUGCAAAUCAACACGGAUCAUCCAGUCUGACAGUUUCUGUCAUCGUCAUCGCGUAUCCUCCGCGCAUCACCAGCGGCCCGCCGGCCGUCACGUACGCCAGGAGCGGCGUCGCGCUUCAGCUUCAGUGUUUAGCUCUGGCCACACCUAAAGCGGAGGUGAUCUGGGAGACCCCCGAUGGCAUUCAGUUGAAAGUGGGCGUCCAGACGCGUCUCUACGGGAAUAAAUACCUCCACCCGCAGGGUUCACUGACCAUUCAGAGCCCUUCAAAAAAAGACAAUGGGUUAUAUAAGUGCAGCGCUAAAAAUGUGGUGGGUAGUGACAGCAGAUCAACAUACGUGUAUGUGUUUUAAUGAGCGUACAGACACGCUUGGAGAACUGUCGGAGAAUCGUCAGCCGCCACUAGCAUGUUUACGCACAAAAUAUAAACAAUGCAAGAAAGUGGUUUUACACCCUCUCGCUUUACAGAUCUUAAAGGGAUAGUUCACACAAAAAUCUAAUUUGUGUCAUUCUUUUACUCACCCACAUGACGUUCUACACAUUUUAAGACCUCAUCGCGUCUUUGGAACAGAAAUAAAAAUAUUUUUGAUCACAUCCGAGAGCUUUCCAGGCCUCCUCAGGGUAAUUCUCUCUGUCAAGGUCCAGAAAUGCACUGAAGACAUGGUUUGAAUUUGUAUGAGUGCUGCGCUGUGCAUUCUGGAAUAAGGAUAAGUGUUUGUUGACAGUUUGCACUGGCAUGGCAGCUCGCGGACAAACUUGCAGUUGUGAGGAGAUGCGCAGCCUCGUAGAAGUUUGGUCUGAUGACCAGAUUACAUCCCAACUUUCGAAAACUCACAAGAAAGCUCAAUAUUUUCAUUGUUUAGCAAACAACUCAGGGAAAGGGGGUUUAAUAGAUCUGUGGAACAGUGCUGGGUUAAGGUAAAGAAACUCCGUCAGCAGUACAUCCAAGUGCGGGAUGUACAAGUUCCCCUGGUACGAGGACCUCGAUAAUAUACUUGGGACAAAACCGGACGUUGACCCGGUGGAUGUUGUUGAGAUGGCCAUCGCCGCUAACAAUGAUGCGAAUGAUGCUAGCACAGUUGACGAGAGUACUUUACGUGCACAAAAGAAACCAAAAUAAUGACUUUAAAUGAUGUUUUAUUAACAAGGUUCGGGAGGAGCACGUGCAGAUAAUUAACUCGGCUGGCUUUGGAUAAACAAUCACAGCAAUCAUCCUAACAGCCUAUAAGUAGCCAAGCCACCUCACCUCCUUUCUCUCGGACGUUUCACAGCAUCCCGACUCCACACCACGAGGCCGUUUUUACCUCAGCACGAUCCGGGUCCGGGCACACACCAAGCCCGGGGCCCUCUCCCGAGUCAAGGGGCAGGUGCUCCGAGUUCGAGGAGGAUUACUGAGCUCAGAGCCCUCGCCCUGGGACAGCAUGCCAAACACGCAUACUAUCCGUCCCAGCUGCUAGGUGACCUCGUGAAUCAAAAUAUUGUUCUCUUCCCUGUCAGUCUACGGCGCGCGUUCACAAGAGCACCACGACGCAUGUGCUUGAAUGCUGCAUGUCGCAUGCGUUGGGGCACAACCUGGAUGCGCAUGCAUCGUGGUGGUCUUGUGAACGCGCGUCGUAGACUCGUUUCAAUUGAACCACUGUGAUCAGAUGGACCAUCUUAAUGAUGUCUUUAGUACUUUUCUGGACCUUGACUGAGAGAAUUACCAUAAUGUGUAUGAGGAGGCCUGGAAAUGGAUGUCAUCAAAAAGAACUUUAUUUGUGUUUGAAGAUGCAGGGAGGUCUUAAAACGUCAUGUGGGUGAGUAAAAACAUGACAACGUUUCGAUUUUUGGGUGAACUAGCCCUUUAAGAUUGGUUUAGAAGUUGGUUUGUAGACUUGCUUUCCAUCCAUGGAACCUCUCAUACAACGACUCAAAGAUAAAACCAUGGCUUUAAGAUUAUUAGAUCUUGAAUUCACUCUCAGUUUCUUUGGAUAAAAGUCAAAUGUAGAUGUUAACAGUCACGUUGUGUAUUAAAAUGAUAUCGUAGUGUGAGAGAGAGAGAGAUUCUCUGGUCAUGUAAAGCUGUGAGUGUUUCUAACAGCAGCAUGUGUGUGCGUGCGUGAGUAUGGCCUUGUUUUUAUAUCCCGGUGUGGGGACCUAAACCUGAAUACACACCAACUCGUGGGGAUGCAAAAAAGCUUAUAAAUCGUACAAAACAAUAUUUUUUAAAAAUCUAAAAAUGUUUUCUAUGAUCUUGAGGUUUAGGGGAUGAAGUAUACAGUUUGUACAGUAUAAAAAUCAUUACGCCUUUGGACUGUCCCCACAGAGAUAACAAACCAGACGUGUGCGUGCGUGUUUUAUCUGUAAAUUGAUCAUAUGUCUGGAAGUGAAAUGAUUUCUCACUGGUACAUUAUACUGAAUAAAAUUAUAUUUUU